UUCCUUUUGUUUUGUAGUGCCAGCUCAACAAGAAACAAAGGUGUUUUUUCAGUCAUUGCUGAUGCAGUAAGUAAUGACUAUGGUGGAAGUGAACAGUGUCCUUGGUCACCUGCACAACUAAGAGGUAAGUGCAUGAUGUAGUUUUGAAAUUACUUGCUUUUUAUUUAAAGCAAGGACAUUUAAACAAGUCAUUCGGCACACUAUUAUUAUUGCAUUUUAAGCUGUCUCAAGCUGUUUGCUUCAUAAUGAUUGCUAUUCCUUCAAAUUUACAGUGCUAAAUCUUGUCUCUUCUUAAAGGAAAGAUAUUAUAUUGAUGAAUUAUUUUUAAUUAUUUUACACAAAAUGUUGAAGGGUUUUUACAUACAAGAGUCUUCAGCGCUAAUCAGUUUAGUAAAAUAGCAAUAGAGGUCUUCUUUUUGUCUUUGAUUUCAGCAUCAUAUGUUACAUACUUGAGAAGCCUGAAGGACACAAGGAAAAGAAGAGGGAAGGUGGACCACAAUACUGUCUGCAGACGACAAGGAAGAGUAAGAGAGGUAAUAAAACCUUUGUUAUAGUUCUAUCCAUUUUCUGUAAGUCUAGGAUUUGUUAUAACUGAAAGAUUUCUUAAUAGGAUGCAAGUACAUUUACCAGCUUUCCUAAAAAAGACCCCACUUGGACAAUCUUUCUUUACAUCAAAGGAGACUAGGAGCCAUGUUUAUGUUUAAAACAAUAAAAGACUUUCCCUUAGAACUUGCAGGAUUUAUUUAGUAUCUGCAGCACGAUAUAAAUGUAAUUUUAAAGAUCCAAGAUCAAACUAGAUUUACCCACACUGUCUACUUUCGCAGCCAUAGCCAGGGCUGUCAUUAAGAGGCGGGGCCAGGUAUUUUUCCUGCCUAUUAUGAAUGUGGUCACCAGAUACUUUCAUGGGAAAAUAUAGGAAAAUAGAACCAAAAGUAAUCCCUAGCUGUUUGAUUCCCCACCUACUUGUUACAUUAAUAUUUACCCAGCAACUUGACAUCUUAGUGACAGCCCUGCAUAGCUUAGGCUACAGCAAGGUUCUAUUGUGGAAAACCCUAUAUAUCAUUUUAUUAUUUUUUAUGUAUGGUAGUUGAUAUCAACAUUAACAUCUUUGAUUUUUUGUGCAUUUUUACAUUUAAAUGUUCAAUGCACACUGCAUAAGCUCUCUAGAUGAUCUCAGUGUGCUCUUAGAGCAAAUGUUGACAUAAAAACUAAUUGAUUAUAUAUAUCUUUUUAUUUUUUAGAAAAUUGUGCGACGAGUAGCUGUUGUUGAAAGAAUGGGCUGGGAUGAAGCUAAGAGAGAAAAAGUAAAGAAAUGCUUGACCAUAGAUUACACCAGCUCUGAUGAGAGUGAGCUGUCAGAGGAUGAGGAUGGAGGAGUGAUAAAGAGAUUUAUUACUAAGAGGUUAUCUUGGGAGGGGAGCAAGUUAAGAGAUCUUAACUUAACAUAA